UUCUAUUCCCCUUUUGACUGUUACGUUUCCCCUUUUUAUCUUUAUCCCGAGUUCGAACAACACGCAAGAGACCCGAAUCAGUCUCCAAUUUUGGAAUCCCCCGUGCUCUUGUGUCCCGAUACAAUGCCAGAUUGAACCAAAUCGGAACCUACCCACUUCCAAAUCUCACCAAAGUUUCGAUUUUUAUCAACUCCGCUCGUAAAAGAAAAAAAAAGAUCGAAACUUUUUUCUCGAUGGGCAUAUCGAGCAGAGAAGACGAACAAGAAGAUCCCGUUUCUCCAUCGAGAAACCUCAGGUCGUCGUCGCUUCCACAGACUUUCAAGCAUUUCCACAGAGACUUACUCGCCGGAGCCGUGAUGGCGGGCGUCGUCCACACCAUCGUGGCCCCAAUCGAGAGAGCCAAGCUCCUCCUCCAGACCCAAGAGAGCAACAUCGCCAUCGUCGGCGACAACUCGGGGAAACAGAAGUUCAAAGGAAUGUUCGAUUUCAUCCACCGCACGGUCCGUGAAGAAGGCGUCUUGUCCCUCUGGAGAGGCAACGGGAGCAGCGUGCUCCGUUACUACCCUUCCGUAGCUCUCAACUUCUCCCUCAAGGACCUCUACAGAGGGCUUCUCCGUAACAGCAGCUCUCAGGAGAAUCAUCUCUUCUCCGGUGCGUUGGCUAACUUCAUCGCUGGCUCUGCGGCUGGAUGUACUGCUUUGAUUGUAGUUUAUCCUCUUGAUAUAGCGCAUACGCGUUUGGCUGCUGACGUAGGGAAGAAGGAGGCUCGUCAGUUCAGAGGGAUACACCAUUUCUUGAAGACGGUUCAUAGGAAAGACGGUGUUAGAGGGAUAUACAGAGGGUUGCCUGCUUCUUUGCAUGGUGUGAUUGUUCACCGUGGGUUGUACUUUGGUGGGUUUGAUACGGUUAAGGAGGUUUUCUCUGAGGAUGCGAAGCCGGAGCUGGCGUUGUGGAAGAGGUGGGUUUUGGCGCAGGGUGUGACUACUUCUGCUGGUUUGGCUUCUUACCCGUUGGAUACGGUUAGGAGGAGGAUCAUGAUGCAGUCUGGGAUUGAGCGUCCUAUGUACAGUAGCACGUUGGAUUGCUGGAGGAAGAUAUAUAGGGUGGAAGGGUUGGCUUCUUUCUACCGUGGUGCGCUUUCGAAUAUGUUUAGGAGUACUGGCUCGGCUGCGAUCUUGGUUUUUUAUGAUGAAGUUAAGAAGUUCUUGAAUUGGGGAGGGAUCUAAAGAGAUAAAAUGUCAAAUCCGAAUUAGAAGUCAGAAGAAGUAUGAAUUUGAUUCAUUUUGAUACUACACCUUAACAAGGAGAGACACAUGUAGAUUUUAGUUGAUGAUGAUGAUAUUCGUUUUUACACUAUGCAUAUUGAUUCUUUUCUUCUUGUUAUAGACUUUGUUUGUAUGAGGAGGAUGAAUAAAAGAAGGAAUCUGUUUUGUAAAUAAAAAAGAACAUGGAUUUGCGUUCCUUUUAUAAAAUUAGUUAUCAAUCUGAGUUUUUAUUCUGGA